GCACGUCCGAAAAAUAACGUGGUGUUAAAAUGUUUAGUAUAUACGAAGAAUGUUGUUCUCUUUUAAUCCUUACAUAAUACUUUUAUUAUUGUUUCUGAUUACAUGGUGUUUGCUGAAUUAUCAAAUUGCUUUUUUUCUCUCUGGACUAGGACUGGUUGGGCUUCUUAGCGAUGCGCUUUCACCAAGCACCGGCGAAGUUUAUGACCGGGAACAAGUUCCGGUGUCUGAGAAAGACGAGAGAUCAAAGCGUAAAUUAAAGAAAAAAUUCAAAAUGUUUAAAAGUUGGAAUCCUUUCAGGAGAAAACCUGAAAAGUCGAAAGAGAAUAUAGCUUCACAGCGUCCAAAAGCCGAUCGCUUUUACCAAGAUGAAGAUCCUUACAAUUUGCCGAAUCUGAAGGAUAGGCCUAAAAUUAAAAGUGCAACACCAGGUUUGACAAGACAGCACAGGAGUUUCGUAGUUAAUAAUUCACAACAACGUAACAGUGAAGUUUAUAAUAGUACUAAUAAUAGAUCUGUUCUGAAUGCAUCAGGACCACUUUUGUCAACCCCUUUACUACCAAGAGUGAAAAGAGCAGUUGGCGCAAAUGAAAGUUUUAGCCAGUUUAGCCCAGGAUUUAGUCCAUCUAUACGUUCAGGAAACCGGUCCAUUACCCGAUCAUCAACAUUUCACUAUGCUCCGAAUCACCCGACAAAAUCUACCCCUGGCACACUGCCAACCGUACGACUCCGGAAGACAAACCGGCGUUCAUUUCUUGAUACCAGCAACAGUUACAGUCAAAGCCCAAACACUGUCAAAAUUGCACCUCCUGAUCAGUCGGUUAUAUUUUCACCCAGGGUGUUGCCUCUCAUCGAACAGAAGCCAGUUAAUCAAAAACCGAUUGACACCCAGGCCGUUGUUUGUGCUCUCCGACAACGCAGGAAGAGAUCCAUGGUUCAGACAGAUGAGACUUUUGUGAACGAGUCUGACCAGCAAGCAAAGAGAAGACGUCAGGAUAGCAGCCAGUCGACAGCUUCUUCAUCUUCCCUGCCACCGAUGCCAGAAAAUCUUCCCGAUCUGUCGAACACGAGUUUGAUGAUGCAUCUCGAUCCAGUCAGUAUGAAGCGCCCGUCUGCGCCGAGCCGUGACCCAAUAGACAACUCUGACAUGCACAGAGACAGCCCGGCGAAGAGAGCUCGCGGUGAAAGCAAGAACAACCCCAUACUGAGUUCACUGAGCUCGGCCAAACGAGCGUUAGACAAGUCCGUGUUGGUGCAGAGAGAUUCGCUGAAGCGAAAGCCAUUAAGAAGUGUUGGUGAUUGUGAAGAGUCAGUCUCUGAGUUCCUGAACUCGUCCGAUCUAGUCAGAGAUGAACAGAAAUGCGCAGAGACGAGCAUGGAUGUUAAAGAAGAUCAGUUUACUAAGCUGCAUGAGAAGACUGAGUCCGACUUAUCUUCCUUGAGAAAUAAGAGUCAAAAUGACUCGUCUACCUCAACUCCUUCCAAACAGCCGGUGUUGGAUGGAAUUACGAUGUCUGCUCGAAGACGACAGCGGUCACUGUAUCCCACUCUCAACACUUCAUUUCAGAACGUUAUAACGGGGAGCCUGUCAGUCAGUGUGGAAGACUAUGAACAGGACCGCGCUCAAGAACAGCAGCGUGUUCACGACAUGCUUAACGAGGUCGAGGCUGCACACAAACGGAAACAAAACAAAGGUCAAGUUGCUACAUCCACAAGUGAAAGUCUCGGAACUGCCACAACAUCAGUUUUCAGUUCCACAGCUCAAAUAUCACUGGGAGGCGUGUCUGCAACCAGCACAUCGUUGUUGUUGACAACAUCGACUUCUACAGCAUCGACAAGCCAGGCUACGAGUGUUGUCCCCAGUCUUACAACAGCAGUGACGGCGUCAUCAUCAUCCGCCACCUCAUCAUCGGUCACAACACAGCCACAAUAUUCCUUUAAGCCGGUAUUUGGUUCUACCGCUGUUUCCCAAGCAACGGCAACAACAACAGCAGCAGCAGCGACGGCGUCUGGUUUAGUGUCGACACCAGCUUCGUCUACUACAACCACACAGCCAUCUGGCUUCAGUAUGGUGUUCCCACCACCUGGUUCUGCAGCCAGUCAAUCAACAGAGAAAGCUCCGCCUCCAUAUCAGAGCAAUACAUCCAAUGUUUCAGCCACUAAUACGUUGGCUGCUUCGCAGGGUCUGUCAGCACCUGCUGCAUCAAACUCUACACCGGCUGGUCUGUCUACAACACUUGUGUCCUCAACAUCUGCACAAGGCAGUUUGUCUGCAACAUCUACACUGGGAGGACUGUUUUCAGCAUCCGUACAGAGCAGCAUACCCUCAACAUCUGUUCAGAAUGCUUUACCUGCAACAUCCACACUUGGAGGACUGUUUUCAGCAUCUGUACAGAGCAGCAUGCCCUCAGCAUCUGCUCAGAAUGGAUUAUCUACAACAUCUGCACAUAGUGGUUUACUCUCAUCAUCUGUCCAGACUGGUCUGUCUCCACUGUCUGUAUUAAGUGCUUUAUCGUCAACGACGGGGAUUUCUGACCAGAUGGGAGUGUCCUCGCAAGCCCAGCCCACAAGCAAUCCUUUCAAAGUGCCAAAUACACAUACGUCUACGUCCUCAGCUCUUGGCACCAGCGGUGGAUUCUCGUUUGCCGCACCUGCCGACAAGGCCGUAACGAACGCUGCACAGACAUUGUUUGCUGCGUCGACACCGGUCACAUCGUCGCAGGCUACCUCUAGCUUGGGUGCCUCAUUAUUUGCAGCCUCAGCAGCAGCAGCGGUGGCAUCUUCGAAAGCUGUGUCCAGUUCGGGGUCAUUGUUAUUUGGUGCUACUUCUCAGAGUAAUACUGGAAACCCCGGACAGAGUUUCGCAUUUGGAAGCGGCGGUGGUGAUUCUAACCCCAAGCCUGUUGGGUUUAACUUCGGACAGCCUGCCAGCACUGCAGGCCCGGUGUUCGGAUCGAGCGGUGGACAGCCAGACGUAGUGAAGUCGGGCAAAGACGCUCUGAAGGUGAACCUGUUUGGAGCAAGCCCCGCCCCCACAUCCUCCAAACCCUCCCCGUUUUCAUUCGGACAGCCACCAAGUCAGACGUCAGCGGUGCCGAAUCAGCAGGUCUCCUCCGCUCCAGGUCAGAUGUUGUCAUCGGGUUUUAAUUUUGGCACAGCUCCCAGCAGCUCGAGUGCAAACCCGAAUGCGCAGAAUAAGCCGUCUGCUGGAUUUCUCAUGUCGGCGGGGCAACCUUCUUCCCAACCAAGUCAGAGUGCUAUGUUUAAUUUUGGUGCCGAGAACGCGACUUCGGGGAAUACGUUUGGUGCGUUCGGCUCAAGUGUGGGAACUGUUGCUGCUACUACAGUUAGUACAGGUCCAGUGUCUGGCGGACCGGCACUGUUUUCAUUUGGAGGUCCAAGUGCCAGCCAACCAAAACAGAAUUUUGGAUUCAGUGCCGCAACAACAGCCAGUAAUACAUUCGCUUUCAAUGCAGCGUCUUCGCAGCCUCAGAAAUCUCAAGGAAACACGAUGCCGUCUUCGAUGUUUGGAAUGCCGAACCAAAGUGGUGGUUUUGGGUCCACCCAGCCGAAAAGUUCGGGUCCGGUUUUUGGUAGCACCACAGCGGCGCCGUCAUUUGGAAGCUCGACAGCAGCAGUGUUUGGUAAUACCGGAGACAAGAAGCCGGGUGGAAUGGCGGGAUCUUCAUCUGGUUUCAACUUCGGUGUCAGUCAGCCAACAUUUGGUGGAGGUUCUCAAACGUCUGCCCCAAUGUUUGAGGCAGGGCAAGCAGCCCCAGCUUUUGGUGCAUCACAGGCGACAAAGAUGGGAUUUGGGGCAUCACAGGCUCCAGCUCAAGGAUUUGGGGCAUCACAGGCUCCAGCUCAAGGAUUUGGGGCAUCACAGACACCAGCUCAAGGAUUUGGGGCAUCACAGACUCCAGCACAAGGAUUUGGGGCAUCACAGACACCAGCUCAAGGAUUUGGGUCCACACCGGCCCAGGUACCGAAUUUCGGGUCAUCGGUUGCAGCUUUUGGUACUCCUGCAUUGGGUUCGGCGACAUUCCAGUUUGGACAGAGUGGUGGUCAGCCAAGUACGGAAAACAAGGGUUUCAAUUUCAGUGCAAGUUCGCCUCCUGUUUUCAACUUUGGUUCGACCAACCCUAUUCCACAAAUUGCAAACAACAUGUUCACCAACAAUACAAGCAGUGGAAUUCCCCAGAAACCAAGAGCUGCUGGCAACCGAUCACGAAGACGAGUACUCCGAAAAUAACAGCUCGAUUUGACAGAAAUAAUUCAAAACUGAAGAUCUGAAGGAAACAGGAGAGAAGUAUUGUCGAGUUGCUGUGUUAUUUGUGACCUAUAGAUUGCCAAAGAAAGAAAUAAUUUAAAAGGGGGAAAAAAGGAUCUAUUUUGGCAGUCAGAAAUAGUGUAAAACCGAAGAUUGUUCAAGGAUAGGAAAGAAGAAGUAAUAAGUUAAUUUUUUAUUUCUAGCUACAGAUUGCCAAAGAAAGAAGUAAAAGGAAUUAUUUUGCAGUCACAAAUAAUUUAAAACUGAAAGUUGUUCAAGGCCAGGAAAGAAGAAGUAAGAAGUUACUGUGUCAUUUUUAACUAUACGGUACAUUGUAAAUUGCUAUAGAAAGAAGAGAAACAGGAAUUAUUUGGCAGUUGAAAGCUAUUUAUAACGAAAGGUAGUUAAUUACAGAAAAAAUGAAAUGUUACCAUGUUGUUGGUAACUAAAGAUUGCCAAAGAAAGAAAGAAAAAGAGGAAUUAUUAGAUUCUCAGUAAUUAUGAGCUGUAAAUUGCAGAGGAAAUGGACGAAGAAAUGGGAUUUCUUUGUCACUUAGAAAUUCUUCUAACUGUACAUAGCAGAAAAACAAGAAAGGAAUAAAUUUACAGUUAUAUUCAGCUGUCCGACACUAUUUCUGUUUGCUUUGUAACUCCACAACAAAUACAGUCACGUGUAGAUAUAUGUAUAUGUGUACAUUUGAAACAAAAUAAAAUGACAAGAUACAUGUACCGUGUUAUUUUUAGCAAAAAAAUUGCCAAAGAAAAAAGAAAAAAAGAAUGAAUUAUCGGUCAUUCAGAAAUCAUUUUGUGCUGUAAAUUGCAGAUUGAUGAACAAAUGUUGGGCGCUUUUUUUCACCAUUAGAAAUUGUUUGUAGCUGUAACAGAAAACAAAGAAGAAGAAAAAGAAGCUAUUUACAGACGGUUUUAUUCAGUGGUCCGACACAAUUUAUGUUUGCUUUCUAACUCCACAAGAAAUGUAGCCACAUGUUGUAGAUAAUGUGUAUAUUUGAAAGAAUUAAUACAAAGUUACUGUGUUAUUUUUAACUAAAAAUGGUCAAAAAAGGAUUUGACAUUCACAAAUGGUUUCUUGCUGUAAAAAUUGUUUUAUUUAGAGUCAAAGACAAUUUCUGAUUGCAUUGUGCUUGAACAAUAAUAUACAGCUACAUGUUCAGAUGUGUCUUUUGUCUGUGUCAUGUGUCCGUGUGUGUGUCGUGUGUAUGUGUCGUGUGUGUGUGUGUCGUGUGUGUGUGUGUGUGUGUAGACUGGUGAGCGAAGGAUCAUUUGGGGAGAUCGAGACAUGCUUUCCCAAAAAAUACAUUGAAAAAAGACAAUUUACUUGAGUGGGUGUUGUAUGUGUUUUGACCCAUGUGCCUGAUAUAGAUCUGUUUAUAUUUGUACCUCACAGUGUGUUAUAUCUUGAUAUAUCUUUCUCAGUCAGAUCUUUCUUGUUCCACCUUAGAUACAACUUGGAGUGUUACAGAAAAAUCACUGUUGACUGUUGUGAUUCACCCAAAUAGACCGGGGCUCAUUUCCUCAUAAUAUUGUGGGCAUUCCAUCAAUGCAAUGUGUUGUAUGUUCUCAUUUGAAAUACUGCCGAAAUUACAAAUGUUUUAGUGUGACACAAACCCUCAAGAUGUAAUCACCUUUAUAAGAGCACGUCUCAAAUAGCAAUCUCCUUUAUGAGAGUGAUAUCUAGAACAUUAAAUAUGGUUUAUACUUUUUCUCAGACUGGCUGUAUAGAAUUAUUUUGUUUUUUGAUUCUCUCCUAAAAAAUAAUGCAGCUUCCAGAACUGGGGUUUCAUUUUGAAAAAUGUCUGUUUGCUGAAAACUGCCAAUGUAACAAUAUUUUUUAAAGACAUUUUAUGUUACAGAUCUCACUGUGAUAAGAAUUGAGGAGAGUGAUAAGAAUUGAGGAGAGUGAUUAGAAUUGAGGAGAGUGAUUAAUUCCUCCCCAUACUUAGAUUAUAGGGACCCAUUAAGAUAUCAAAUUGAACAUUUAUAUUUAAUCAUUUUGUAGUACUAUUGUUUUGUAAUUCACAUGGUAAGAGGAACUAAAAAUUACUCUCCUUACCAAUGUUGUGGACACAUCUGGCGGGAAAUCUGCACAAUGUGCCUAAUACUAGGCUUAGACUUACGAUGGGUGCACUCAGAUUCACAUCUAAUUGGUCGUAAGAGUUGCAUAUGACGAGAAUCGAGUUGUAAGGCAGUGUUCAACAAAUGUUUGAGAAAGUUGCUAACUCUCACAGAUGCUUUGGCUAGUGUCUCAUUUAUUAUAGUAAUACAAUUUAUCAUAGUAAUACAGUUGAUAAUUUUGAGGCUUCAUUUAAGGAUAUUUUGCUUUGACUGAAAUAUUUUGUGUACUGGCACAUGUAUAUUUGAAGCCUUCGAUCCUUGCGAUCAUACGUCUCGGUACUAUUUUAAUGACAUAAUUAUUUGAUGUGAUUUGGAGGCUUUGAAUAUUUGUGACCACAGUGGGUAAUAAAACAUUUACUGUUUGUUCAUGGGCAGGAAUUCAAAAUACUGUUUUCUUGUUGGAGGGGCAGGGUCAGUUACCAAUUUUUUAAAUUAUUUUUUAAAUUGGGCCACAAUAUAGGGUCUUCUCCACCUAGACAAAAAGGGGAACUUUUUUGAUAGUUUUCUAAGAUGCGUACCAGGAUGUUAAAGGUUACAUUGUGUUGUCAGUUUUAUUAAUUUAUUUUAUUUUGCAUAGAUUUUCACUUCACUCAUUAAGGUCUGAUCUUACUACUUAUUCACAUUAAAAUCACUGUCAGUAGAUCUUAGCACAGCCAAUGUCAGCCUGGGUCCUAUUGACUCUUUUAUCCCACCAAUCAAAACACUGUAGCUAAGCUAUAUUCAUCAUCGUCCACACCUGUCUUGGACAGAACUCUAUUAUUGCGAAGUCGGACGUUGUGCCCAUGACAGGCGUGCAUUAACAGUUUUCUGAUAGAAUUUCCUAUACCAUCCUUAACGACUUGACUAGUUAAUAUUCUUUUAAAGGUGUUUUUUUACAAAAUUAGGCAAGUGUAUCUAGUAUACUAACAAGUACCUUUAAGAUGACAGUAAGGUCAUAUUUUAAUCACACAUGCAUUAAAGAUUUUAUCCAAUUUUAUUUAUACUAUAACAUGAAUAUUUUUGCAAUGUAUUAAAAAGUUGAAUGCAUUUAGAAAGGGGCCGUUCAACAGUUAUAUAAUGCAAAAUCGGACAUUUUUAUACUUGUCUCGCCCACACAACGUUUUAUAACGUUAAACCCACUCCUCACACUAAAAUUACGUAAAGUUUGCUAGCAUCCAUCCUUUUCUGUCAUUGUGACGUAAUGUGAUGAGUAUUAUUUGAUUCAUUUUGAUUUUCUUUAUUUAUAAAUACUACAUAGAAAAUAAUUUGUUCAAAGAAAAUUGCCAUCAUUGUCUGCAUUGUACUUCAUGAAUAAAAAUGAGAAAUGAUCCGUAACCCUGACAAACACUCUGUCCCUACCCCCCCCCCCCCAGUUUUGCAUGAUGCCUCUCCACCCCCCCCCCCCCCCCCCCCCCCCCCCACCCCCCUUCCGCCUAUAUCGUUAAGUAACUGUUGAAUGGCCCCAAUGAGUAAGCGUGGUACGGAAGAGCCAGGCAUAAAAAAGAUCAUUGUAUAUACAUGUAUAUAGUUGUUAAUGCGAUCGCUAUUGUACCUGGAAGAAGUCUUCAAUAAAAUAUUGUGCUGUA